AUGUACCAGGAGGUGCUACGUGAGAGCGAGGCCUGGGACCAGGUGCGGAAGCAGUCUGUGAUCAACUUGCAGGUCGCUGUAGUCUUGCAGGGAGGUUACCUCGACGAGGUCCACCAACAGAUGCAGGGCCGGAAACAGAAGAAGGCGGGAAAGAAGCCGGGGGGGAAGCUGGUCGGAGAUGGCUUACCGCGUCUACUCAACGAGGACGGAUUCAUUGAUGAAGUUUUCAAGCACGAGCAAGCACAGAAGCGGAAGGCAGAGGAGAAAGAGGAGCGUAAGUUGGAGAAGGAGCAUCAUACGAAGGCACUAGAGAGGUGGAAGGAGGCAUGCAAGGCACGAGAUGAGCGGGUCAAGGCACAGAAGGAGCAGUAUCGCCAGGCCUUGGAGGAGUGGGAGGAUGAGCGACAGCUAGCCAAGACAGAGCGGAGGAGGAUUGGAUGGCAAAAGCCAACACUAGGAGCAGUUGAGAAGAAGCCGGGACAGCCAAAGAAGAGGGCGGCACAGCGGGCAGACGAUGUCACGGACGUUGGACAGACGCCCCUUUUUGCCGCCCAUUCCCCUCCCCUUGACGCCCACCUUCCAUUUUCGGACCAUUUCCUUUCUUAG